GAGCUUGAAUGUCUAUUUUUGUCUGUUUUAUCAGUUUCUGACUUCGUGUUGAAUUCUUGUUAUUUUAGUCGAAAAAACUUUUUGUGUGUGUGUGUGGUAAAUCCAUAAAAGGCCCGGUCUUAUGUUCUCACUUCCACUUUACCUUGCUCUUCUCACACUGGUGUUUUACCACUGCUACUUAGCAUAUAGAGCGGUUCUGCAUUCUUCUGAAUUCUGUAUCUCUACAAUUAAAAGGCUGUUCCUCUCAACAACAACAAUGAACGUCUCCGGGGAGGAGAUUCAGGGCUUCUAUGGCAGUGACUCCCACCAAGAGAACAUUCUAUUUUCUACAUUUUACAUCCUGAUCUUCAUCAUGGCUGUGCCUGGGAAUGCCUUGGCACUGUGGGCCUUCUUUCACCAAGAGAGCACAUCUCCAUUUAAGGUCUUCCUGAAGAACUUGUCUGUAGCAGACAUCUCUUACAUUCUGAUUUUACCCAUGCGUAUAGUUUACCACCUGUCCAACGGCCACUGGCCUUUCGGACAUAUCCUUUGUCAACUAGCAGGCUUCCUCUUUUACCUUAACAUGUACUGCAGCCUUUACUUAAUGAGUUUCAUCAGCCUGGAUAGAUUUCUGGCUGUGGUUUUCCCCAUAAAAUCACAGUCAGUAAGGAAGGCUAGGUAUGCAAAGAUAGCUGUUGGCAUACUUUGGGUGACAGUUAUUGUGUCUAUGAGCCCUAUACUUUUCUCUAAAAAGAACGUGACCGACAAAUCAACUGGCAUCUGCAACAAGCUGUACUUAGAAAAGACAUCUCGCAUGGCUUUAGUGUCCACUAUUGUGGCAUUUGUUAUUCCCCUAACAACCAUUGUGGUUUGCUACAUACUGAUUCUGCUGAAACUAAGGACCAUAAACCAACAGGAAGAACGGCCAGUGAGGGACAAAGCUAUAAGAAUGAUCAUCCUCAUUGUGAUUAACUUCCUGUUUGCAUUUGUGCCCUAUCAUGUGAACAGGGUAAUCUACAUUGAAAGCUACAGUCGUGACCAUAUGACUGCAGCAAGGCGUGAGUCACUGGGUAGAGCCAAUCAGAUCACAUCUGCCCUGACCUGUGUUAGUGGUGUACUGGAUCCUGUAAUGUAUUACUUCCUGAACCGUGCAUACAGGGACAAAAUGCUUAAGCUGUUCUGUAAAAGAUGAAGAUGAUCAAUAAGCGAAAAAAUAUUAU